GUAGUCACUUGCCUUGAUAGUAUGGAGGAAGCUCCUUCAUUUCCUCUGCCAGUCAUUCCAGGUGACAUAAUACUCAGCAAAGGAAGAGGAUUUGGUGUCCAGCUCUACUAAGAAGCCACAGGAGAACAGCAGCUCUGCUUUUAUUCCUUGGGUCUCAGAUGACUGGGCACCAGUAGAUACAGAAUGCUGCUGCUUUCCCUCUCCCAGUCACUUCCUGCCUUGUGACCACACACCCGGGCUUGACAAAGCUGUACUGCAGUUCAGAAAGAAGGGGGUUUCUGGUCACACACCAGGACGAACAAGGAGUUCUUCUACAAGAGCUGUUACAUAAAGAAGUGAAAAAAUGGCCAGAGGAUCGGUAUCCGAUGAGGAAAUGAUGGAGCUCAGAGAGGCUUUUGCCAAAGUUGACACUGAUGGCAAUGGGUACAUCAGCUGCAAUGAGUUGAAUGACUUGUUUAAGGCUGCCUGCUUGCCUCUGCCUGGGUACAGAAUAAGAGAAAUUGCAGAAAACCUGAUGGCUACUGGCGAUCUGGACAAAGAUGGGAAGAUCAGCUUUGAUGAAUUUAUCAAGGUUUUCCAUGGCCUAAAAAGCACGGAUGUUGCCAAGACCUUUAGAAAAGCAAUCAAUAAGAAGGAAGGGAUUUGUGCCAUUGGUGGUACCUCAGAGCAGUCUAGUGUUGGCACCCAACAUUCCUACUCAGAGGAAGAAAAGUAUGCGUUUGUCAACUGGAUAAACAAAGCCCUAGAAAAUGAUCCCGACUGUCGCCAUGUCAUCCCGAUGAAUCCAAACACCAAUGAUCUCUUUAGUGCUGUUGGGGACGGCAUUGUCCUUUGUAAAAUGAUCAACCUAUCAGUGCCAGACACAAUCGAUGAAAGAACAAUCAACAAAAAGAAACUGACCCCUUUCACCAUUCAGGAAAAUUUGAACUUGGCUCUGAACUCUGCCUCAGCCAUUGGGUGCCAUGUGGUUAACAUAGGGGCUGAGGACCUGAAGGAGGGGAAACCCUAUCUGGUCCUUGGACUUCUGUGGCAAGUCAUCAAGAUUGGGUUGUUUGCUGACAUUGAACUCAGCAGAAAUGAAGCCCUGAUUGCUCUUUUGAGAGAAGGGGAGAGCCUGGAAGAUUUGAUGAAGCUCUCCCCUGAAGAUCUCCUUCUGAGGUGGGCUAAUUACCACCUGGAAAAUGCAGGCUGCAAUAAAAUCAGCAACUUCAGCACUGACAUCAAGGAUUCAAAAGCUUAUUACCACCUGCUUGAGCAGGUGGCUCCCAAAGGAGAUGAAGAAGGUAUCCCUGCUGUCGUUAUUGACAUGUCAGGACUAAGGGAGAAGGAUGACAUCCAGAGGGCAGAAUGCAUGCUGCAGCAAGCAGAAAGGCUGGGCUGCCGGCAGUUUGUCACAGCCACAGAUGUUGUCCGAGGGAACCCCAAGUUGAACUUGGCCUUUAUAGCCAACCUCUUUAAUAGAUACCCUGCCUUGCACAAGCCAGAGAACCAGGACAUCGACUGGGGUGCUCUGGAAGGUGAGACCAGGGAAGAGCGGACAUUUAGAAACUGGAUGAACUCCCUGGGUGUUAACCCUCGUGUCAAUCAUUUAUACAGUGACUUAUCAGAUGCCCUGGUCAUCUUCCAGCUCUAUGAAAAGAUUAAAGUCCCUGUUGACUGGAACAGAGUAAACAAACCACCAUACCCCAAACUGGGGGGCAACAUGAAGAAGCUUGAGAAUUGUAAUUAUGCGGUGGAAUUGGGGAAGAAUCAAGCUAAGUUUUCUCUGGUUGGCAUUGGUGGACAAGAUCUUAAUGAAGGAAACAGGACUUUAACACUGGCCUUGGUUUGGCAGCUAAUGAGAAGGUACACACUGAAUAUCCUUGAAGAAAUUGGUGGUGGGCAGAAGGUCAAUGAUGACAUUAUUGUCAGCUGGGUGAAUGAAACACUGAAGGAAGCCGGGAAAAGUACAUCCAUCUCUAGCUUCAAGGACCCAAAGAUUAGUACAAGUCUUCCUGUUCUGGAUCUCAUCGAUGCCAUUCAACCAGGUUCAAUUAAUUAUGACCUCCUGAAAACAGAAAACCUGAAUGAUGAAGAGAAACUCAACAAUGCAAAGUACGCCAUCUCUAUGGCCCGAAAAAUUGGAGCAAGAGUGUAUGCCCUUCCAGAAGACCUGGUUGAAGUGAACCCCAAGAUGGUCAUGACAGUGUUCGCUUGCCUCAUGGGGAAGGGGAUGAAAAGAGUGUAAGACCAGUGAGUGGGACAGGGAAGGUGGCCCGCUCAGUCCAGAGGGCCCAGCACAGGGUGCUCUCAGAAUGCGCAAGGACCAUUCAAGCUAUUCAGAGUUUUCACCUUGGUGAUAAUGCACAAGAUUCCAAAAUGUGCAUAUUUGUACAGCCAAGUAGCCUCUCCUAUAUUUAAUAACAACAAAGAAAAGCUUCUUUUAUUUUUUAUUUUUAUUUUUGCAGGAAAUCCAAUCUCUUGACUUUUUUUUUUUCAAUGCUUGUUUUUUUUUUCUUUUUUUUCUGCUUUAAAAAUCUAGAGAAAACCAAAAGAAGUUGUUUUCCCGGCACCCUUCCUGCUUUUGCCCUUAGUCAAGAAUAGAAACUGCAAUGUUCUUAAUUUUGACAUAGUCUUUCAAACCUGUUUAAUGUGGCUGCCUUUUUCUUUGUUCAAGACGAAGACCUCAAAGGCAAAAUAUCAAACCUGUCCUAAUAGAGGCCAUUUGGUCUGUUAUAAGCCUCUUUCUGUCCCCUUCUCCUACCUUAUUUCUCUAUGACUUUGCUCCAUCUGUCACCCCUCCACCCCAAACUGGUGCCUGUUCCAUAGCCCACUUGCCCUGCCAUCGUUGUCUCUGGGCCACUUGGAGCCUCUGACAAAUCAGUCAGGCUGUUCUUCUCUCAAGAGUCUCUGAAAGCCUGCAGAAAUAAGCCUUACCACUAGAGCCUUUCCUCAGAACUAGGGAAAUAUCAAAUGUCACUUGUUUUUGUUUUGGACAGUAAAAAACUCUAUUUCAAAUGCUAGGAUUUAGACUCUGUCUAGAUCUGACAUCUUGAACACUGUGCCCUCAGGUAGAUUCCUAACUCUGGCAGAAGGUUGGAUCCAAAGAAGUUGUAAUAGACAAGAAAACCACCAGGGGACAGAGCGGAGCUAUCACUAAGCAUCUCUCCUCUAGGGCACUGCCUUUCCAUAUACUCAGCCCAGCUUGUUAGAUGGAUUGUUACUGUGGUAUGGCUAAAUAUCUGGUCACAUUUGGAAGCAGUCCUGCUUGGCUUUCAUUUGCUCUUAGAUAUCAGCAUAUCUGAUUGCUGCCAAGCCAUAUUAGAAAUGUUUACUUUUUUUUUUUUUUUUGGUACUACAAAAGCUUUUUGCCACCACCUCUAAACCCCCAGGGGCAACAUGUGCCAAUGAAUAGCAUCCAUGCCCCACAUAUGCAUACACCUAGCCAGAUGUCAAAGAUAAGGACCGCCCAAGUUGCUUUACGAAGAGCUAAUUUACUGGACAUUUAAAGAAUUCCCAAACAGAACUAGAAGAACGGUAUGAAUUUGAACAGCUCUAAUAAAUUAAGCAAUUUCCAUGAAAACCUACUGAAGGCUAAAAAGCAACAGGACAUUGUCAACCAACACUAGACACCCUCUGUCAUGAUAAAAGGGCUCAUUAAUGAGGAGUCUUCUUUAGGGGUGGAAGUAAAGGAACCUAAGCCAUUUUUCAAAGCAAUUGAAAAGCAUCGCCCUGGAUCCAUUCCUUGGCAGUGGGCUCAGGAAGCCAAUAUAUGGCUUCUUUUAGCUCAUCACCAGUAUUUCUGCUGCAUCUGAAUGCAAAGUGGUUGGCUUUGACUUUAGUCUGAACUUCAUAUAGCCUUGGAUGAUUUUCCCCCAUCUGCCUCCAGGAAGGAAGAAUGUUACUGCCUUAAUGGAAAUCAUGAAGAUAAAAUAAUGCUCAAGAUAUUUCCAAAUAAAAUGUUCCCAAUA